GCGGGCGAGAGACAGCCCCUGCUACCUCCAGCUGCGCUCGUGAGCGACCAGGAGGUUCACGACGAGGAGAACCCAGGCAAUCUCGCGCGGGAGCCCACCAAGAAUGUCGAGGAACUGCAGAAGAAGAGGAGUUGGUGGAAGAUUUUCUGGUACACCAUGUUAGCGGGCUUUGGGAUAUUCUUUGCAGUUUUGUUCAUCAAGGGCUUCAUCGAGGCCGAUGAUGUCCAUUUUGACUUGAAAAAAGCUCUGUGGUCCGCGUUGGGUGGAGGCCUGAGUGGUGCUGCGGCAAUGGUUCUACAGGUGCUGACUCUCAUGCCUCUGCGUACCGUCAUGAACUACCAGUACCGUUACGGCACAUUCAUGACCGCCGCGAUCAAGACGCUUUACGCCGAUGGGGGCUGGACACGGUACUACCAAGGCCUGACGGCUGCGCUCAUCCAAGGACCCGUCGCGCGGUUCGGCGAUACGGCAGCCAACGCUGGCAUCCUGGCCCUCCUGAGCUCAAACUCGUACAUGAAGAAGUUGCCGAAGCUCAUCCAGACCGCCUUUGCGAGCCUUGCUGCGGCAGGAUUCCGCAUGAUCCUGAUGCCCGUUGACACCGUGAAGACGACUAUGCAGACGGACGGAAAGGCGGGAUUGGGAAUUUUGCGGGCUAGGGUCAAGAAGUACGGCUUUGGCACGCUCUGGUACGGUGCCUUCGCUACCGCGGCGGCGACGUUCGCCGGGCACUACCCCUGGUUCGGCACGUACAACUUCCUGGAGGCAAAUCUUCCCGAGGCCCACGGUUUGGCGCAGACGCUGCUGCGCCAGGCCUUCAUAGGCUUUUCCGCGUCCGUUGUCUCUGACACGAUCUCAAACUCGCUGCGCGUCGUCAAGACGUACAGGCAGGUGCACGAACGCCGCGUGAGCUACACAGAGGCUGCCGAAGCCAUCAUCGCCGCGGACGGCCUCAGGGGCCUGUUCGGCCGCGGCCUCAAGACGCGCAUCCUUGCAAACGGUCUGCAAGGUUUGCUGUUCUCAAUACUCUGGAAGCUUUUCCUGAAAAUCUGGGACGAGAAGACCAAAUGAAUGCAGCCCCCUAGAAAUCUUUGUAGAUCUCGGGUUUCGAGGUUAUAUAACACAUAGGAAGAUGUCAAAGUUCACGCAGUGGUGGUCUGGCGAAAUACACAGGUCUUGAGUUCA